AUGACUCCGCCCUUCCCUCAGCAGAGGCCCCGCGAGAGUGAAGCUGCAUCGCUUAAUGGAGCUGCGGCGGGCCGUGUUUUUAUUGAUUUCCGAGGCUCUCCGUCGGCUCUGCUUAUUUUUGAGCUUAAACCUCCUUCUGCUCCCCCUCUCUACAACUCUUUUCUUACUUCGCACGCUAUCGUCAAAAUGGCACUCCGCCUUGUUGUGCCAUUUUUAGCUCAUAUUUAA